GCCUAUUGCAACGCAUGCCAUCUUGGCGGCGAUUCCAUCACGUCGAGGAGCGCAUCCAUUCUUGAACAUGUCGUCUUGUAGCACCGUCGGUGGAGAAUGGACUGCGAAACUCGGCCCUCGUAUGGAGACGAAUGAUGCCGUGAUCCAGAACACUGUUGAGUACGUGCGUGGAAUGCUUGCGUCGAACGAUGCUUCCCACGACUGGAACCACAUUGAGCGGGUCUGGCGUAUGAGCGUGCGUAUUGCAGAGGAAGAACAAGUCGAACGCACGGACUGUGUGGUGUUGGCGGCAUUGCUUCAUGACAUUGAUGAUUGGAAGUACACUGGCUUGGACUCCACCGACCGUGCGCGAGCGUUCCUUCAAACACAGACCGUCGACGCAGAAAAGAUUGAGUUCGUGCUGAAAAUCAUCAAGGGCAUUGGCUUCAAAGAAGAGCUUGGCAGCGAAAAGAUCGAAAUGUUUCCAGAGCUUGCAUGCGUCCAAGAUGCUGACCGACUGGACGCCAUUGGUGCGAUUGGGGUUGCGCGGUGCCUAACUUACGGCGGUCACAAGAAGCGCGGGUUGUACGACCCAGCCAUUCCCCCCCUUUCUGACAUGAACAAAGACGCAUACAUGGCCAACAAGGGAGGGCUUACGCUCAAUCACUUUUACGAGAAACUGUUCAAGUUAAAAGACAUGAUGAAGACACGAGCUGGGCGCCGCAUUGCUGAAUCUCGGCACGCAUACAUGGUCGAAUACGUCGAGCGAAUCCAAGCGGAAAUCGCGGGGUGGGCCUAGCCCUUGCCAUGUGGAUCGGGCUGUUUCAGCCGACCAAUCUGGCAGACGAAGCCGCCAUUGUUCAAUUCGCCAACAAGAAACGCAACCUGUCUUCAAUUCGAUCGUCUGGAGUGGACUCCGCAGUUGCAAACAAGGGUUAAAUAGCACGCACUCCAGUCAACUAAGCUGAGGUUUCGUCGAUAGACUGAGCGAAGUCGCCCAGCUGCAGCACCCAUGUCGCCUUUGCUCCGUGGCGCGCGCAUCCACCGUUUAAAGUCGGGUCAGUAUUUUCAUGCAGCAUGCAUGCCUUUAUCAAGUCUCUUGGCAGCAUGGAACGAUAGCUUGACUGCGCAUUGGUCUGCACCAACCCCGCCAGGAAAUCGAGAAACUGUGGUGGGUCGCCACUUGUUGCAUAUUCGAGCAGGUGGGUGGCGAGCCACUGCACCAUCGUAAGUCGACUUGUUGCGCUGCUAACAGCAUCGCACGACCACAGUCCAACAGUCGAUGCAUGUAAAGUUGUGGCACAGUUGCGUCGUGGCCUUGUCAGGCGGCCAGCGCCAACGCGUUGCCUGUCCAUACACAUGAAGCCCCCGGACGACAUCGAGGUGACCGUGCCGCGCUGCCACGUUCGUGUCGUUGGUGCAGCAUGGAAAGACGAGAGUCGAGAAACGUCGGACAAUGUGUAGAUGACUUUGCGCGGCGGCGUUGUCUAGAAUCUAGCAGGUGCGACCGAGGUAGGAGCAGGAUGAGGUCAGACCUUUUACGAGACACAGCAUGCCUUGAUGCGCAGCCACCGUGGCUGCCAAGACCAUGGUGUCUGGCAAGUAUGAUGUAGGGUGAGCCAACUCCUCGGGGUGCAUGACGAGGUCUGCGACGUCGUUUUGGCCGCGAUGGAUGACAGUGGCGUCCACAAGAGCUACUCAGCAUACCCGAGGCAUCAAUCGGUGUCGCCGCAACCACCUGGACCAACGCGCGGUAGCAGCAUGUUGUCGGCUGCACGUUUGGCAGCUGUCGACCAAGACCCGAGUGCCGCGUGAAGACCAGCCAGUUUGGAGUGACACAAUUUGAACCGCGAAGGCAAGUGCAGGUGAUGGACUGCCAGAAAGGCAUGGUCCAUUCCAUCUUGGUUGGCAAAACACUUGAGUCCACGGGCAGCGACUUGCGCAUGCGUUGGUGUUACUGACGUGUCGCAUGCCCGACAAGCAAAAACGUUGAAGGGGCAAAGAUGGCGCAGGACAAUCUCACGGCGGCUUCCCCCCGCAAGGAGUGUGUCAAGGUGGCCAGCGGCGCGAACAAGUCCAAAGCAGACUGGAUGGAGUGGUGUCGCAGCCUUUGUGGAGAUUCGAGCUCGCUCUUCUCGGAGAGAUCGUUGACAACGCGAGGUCGUGCUCUCGAUCUGUGCGCGUUUUGUACCCG